AUGCUGCAAUCUCAGCCCACCUCGAUCGGCAGUGGCCCCGCCGCUGGGCCGCGCCUGACGCCUCUCCAUGACGUCAAUGCCAAGAUUGCUCGCGCCAAUAAGAUGGCCUCAGCCCCCAGCUUUUGGAAGGUCAACAAGUACAAACGUGUGGUCAAGCGCGUGGAGGAUGGCGCCACAUUGCUUGAUGAUCUCAAAGCUCUCGUUCAUGAAAGAGCGCAGAUUGAGCGCAAGUAUGCACAGAUGCUGGCGGCCUUUGCCAAGCGAUGGGAGGACAAGAUUCAGCGCGGACCAGAAGAAGAAGAAGGCACGCUCCGCCCCGCGUGGCUGGGACUUUUAUCAGAAGCCACCCAGCUCAGCGAGACCCACGACAAGAACGACGAACGCCUCCGCACAGAGGUGGCAGACCAUAUUGCCGACUGGAAAAAGGCCAACUACAAAAAGCAUAUGCGGACCCACAAAACGGCAAACGACCAAUUCGUCAAAGCCCAAAAGCCUUGGGCAAAGCUGUUGCGGGAGAUGAAGCGGUCGCGGAAAGCAUAUUACGCUAGCUGUGAGGCUCUCACAGCCGCGGAAGACAAGGCUCGCGGUCUGCGUCGGGAGGGUGCCGCCAGCGAAGACAUUGCCAAGGCUGAAGCCAAGGUGGCCAAGCUGACCCAACUCAAGGCAGACAACCGAGCUCAGUAUCAAAACAACGUGACUGCGUUGGCUGGUGACCAGCAGCGCUAUGAAACGACCAUGUCCAAGGCUUUUGAAUUUUGUCAGGACCUCGAACAGCGCCGUCAGGACGCCUUUAAGGGCUUCAUGAACACAUACGGGCGUAUUCUGGCCGGGCACACACCCGCACAGUGUGAACCCCUUUUGCGCGACGUGCAAGCGGUCAACCCAGACGCCGACCUACUAGCCUACCACAAAGAUAAGGGCUCAGGCAUGCCCUUUCCCCGCCCCGUCUUUGAGGACUACGGGGCCAAGCCCACGAUCGAGUUGGUUGUCAACAAAGUGGAGGACCGCAACUCGGUGCCCUUGGCUAUGAAGCUUGUGGACCUGCCCAGCAAGCAGUGCUCGCGCAAGAGCCGACGGGACAAUGCGUCGUUUGGCUCGGACGAGGAGGAGGAAGAAGAAGAUGAGGAGGAGGAGGAGGAGCGCGAUUGGCAAGAUGACACGCAAUGGGAGGCGCCACCGGCCGCGGCGGCUGAGGAGCCGAUUUUGCCCAAGAUGCGCGCUCUUUAUGCCUAUCAGGCCGAAGAUGAGGAGGAAUUGUCCCUGAAACCUGGUGACAUUAUCGCUCAGGUCGAGGAUGAGGAUGAGCAAGGGUGGUGCAAAGGCGUACAUCUGGGCUCGGGUAAGACGGGCAUCUACCCAGCUCUUUAUGUAGAGCCGCUGCCUGAAGGCGCUGAUGACGGCGACUACUUGGAGAUGGUUGGGACGGGGGUUGAUGGCUUGUCCUCAACCAACGUGGAUCCCGAGGAGUCGCGGCGGCGCCGUCUCAAGCUUUAUGACAACUACGAAAACGGCACCGCCGUGAGCCCUGAGGCUCCAAUGGUGCCCGAUGCAGUCGCCUAG